UUAGCCCCGAGUCUGGCCAAUCCGCAGGCAGGGGCGGGGCGGUGCAGGCGCAGAGGAUUGGGUUUGGCUGGACUCGAUUUAAAGAGACAGAAGCUGCCGAGGUCCCCGAAGACGGUCCCCGAGACCCUCCCCCCAAGUGCCUGGGACCACUUGGGUCCCCAAAGCUGGGGAGAUGGUUUGCGGAGGCUUUGCCUGCUCCAAGAAUGCGCUGUGCGCGCUCAACGUGGUCUACAUGCUGGUAGGCUUGUUGCUCAUUGGAGUGGCUGCGUGGGCUAAAGGCCUGGGUCUGGUGUCCAGCAUCCACAUCAUCGGAGCAGUCAUUGCUGUGGGAGUCUUCCUCCUUCUCAUCGCGGUGGCUGGACUGGUGGGUGCUGUCAACCACCACCAAGUACUGCUGUUCUUUUACAUGAUCAUUCUUGGCUUGGUCUUCAUCUUCCAGUUUGGAAUCUCUUGCUCAUGUCUGGCUAUUAACCUAAGCAAACAGACAGAUGUCAUCAAUGCUUCUUGGUGGGUCAUGAGCAAUAAGACCCGAGAUGAACUGGAAAGAAGUUUUGAUUGCUGUGGCUUGUUCAACCUCACGACCCUGGAUCAACAAGACUAUGCUUUCUGCACUGCAAUCUGCAAGAGCCGGAGCCCCACAUGCCAGAUGUGUGGAGAAAAGUUUCUUAAGCAUUCAGACGAAGCCCUGAAGAUCUUGGGGGGCGUUGGACUCUUCUUUAGCUUCACAGAGAUCCUUGGUGUUUGGCUAGCGAUGAGGUUUCGGAAUCAGAAGGAUCCUCGAGCCAACCCCAGUGCCUUUCUAUGAGACUUUGGGUCCUUCUGACUUUUCUGCUGUCUGCUCUCCCUAAGCUUUUUCUUCCUCCCUUAGGGAAAACCUGGGGUCUGUAGCCCUUUUUGUUUGAGAAAAAGGAAAGGCCCUUCGCCGUGUUCCCUAAAGAUGACUGACAAGCUAGGCUUUAUGCCUUGACGUGUUUUGUUGGGAGCAAGAUUAUAAGGAAUGAAGACAGACCUUCCUUCCUCUCUCCCUAAGUGGACAUAGAAAACCCCUGGGAGUGCAUGAGAUGGGAUAGGGGUUGGAGUCAUUCCUGGCUGUUUCCCCUCUUCUCUCUUCCACAUGCUGGACCACCUCAACAUAUCUUUGCUCUGAGGGUAGAUCAACGACAGAUCCAGAGAGAAAACCACCAAGAACUCUUGUAAUAAGCAGGACCCAGUCUGGGGAAGUUCAGUGAAUAUAAAAAUAAAAACCAUUUAAACUC